UUCUAGCCUGGUGUGAAAGGCGGGAUCUCUCUGUUGCCUUUGCUAGAUUCCGAAUCUCUAUUGGCCAAAAGAAAGGUACGUCCAAUCUUUGUCAUCACUGAUUGGACAGAGGCACCGCCCAUCAUUUUAACACGUUUUUAAUCCGUUUUGUAAUCAAAGAGUUCGGUUGACGCGCGGGCCUCCGCUCCAGACUGCCAUCUUGUUUCAAGGGAGGGUUUUCGCUGUGUGUUUUUUUUAAAAAAACAAAAACAAGAGGAAAAAAAGUAUCUUUCGAAAAAUAAGAAAAAAACCGACAACCCGUGUCUCACGCUGUCCCACACCGUGCGGAGGCGCCGAGGGCUGGAUGUUUUCUAACGUUCAUGGCCUCGACUUCGGCAUCAGACAUGGCGUCGGAGGUGUCCGGGCUGAGUGCGGGUGGGGCCCCUGGUAACCCAGGCCUGGGCGGGGCUGCCGCGGGCACCAUGGUGCAGAGAGGGGCCACCAAGAGACGCGCUGUACCUGACUUCGAUGAGGACGACGACAGCGGCGGCGGCGGCGGCAAGCUCUUCAGGUGUGAUGAUGACCAGGGAGGCUCCAACGACAAGGAGCGCUUUGCCAGGUCAGACGAUGAGCAGAAUUGCGCUGAUAAGGAAAGGCUAGCAAGACCACUCACUGCCCUGUGCUGUGAGCGUGCUGUACCACUCACUGCCCUGUGCUGUGAGCGCGCUGUACUACUCACUGCCCUGUGCUGCGAGUGUGCUGUGCUGCUCACUGCUGCCCCCUCUCUGCCAGGCCGUGUCCUGGACCUGAAGACUGGCACAGUGAAGAAGGAGGGCCAGCAGUCCUCUGUCAGGAUGUGCAUGGGCUCCCGCCGGUCCUUCAUCUGCCGCAUGAGGUGUGGGAUGACCCCGGUGGAGCCCGUGUCCAUGAACAGGCUGAGCUACCUGCGGAGCCGCAACAGGAACGGCCUGGGCCCAGUGAAGGACGGGGAGCCCCAGUUCGUGGUCGUCCACUGCACAGGGUACAUCAAGUCCUGGCCCCCGGCAGGAGUCUCCCUGCCGGAGGAGGAGUCUGACAGCAGCCAGGGAAACCGAUUCUGUCUGGUGGCGAUCGGGAGGCUACAGGUGACCAGUUGCCCCAGCAACACCGACAUGAACAACAUCAGCAUCCCCAUCGAGUUCAUCUCACGACACAACACCCAGGGCAUCUUCACCUUCGUGGACCACCGCUGUGUGGGCACAGUGGGCUACCAGCCACAGGAGCUGCUGGGGAAGGAAAUUCUGGAGUUCGCCCACCCAGAGGACCAGGGGCUGCUGAGAGACAGCUUCCAGCAGGUCAUCAAGCUGAAAGGUCAGGUUCUAUCGGUGAUGUUCCGGUUCCGGUCCAAAUCUCGGGAGUGGGUCUGGAUGCGGACGAGCUCCUUCACUUUCCAGAACCCGUUCUCCGAGGAGAUCGAGUACAUCAUCUGCACCAACGCCAACGUCAAUAGGGCACCGAGCCAGGACUGCCCCUCCCUGCCCUCCCCGGGCAUCCCCGUGUCCCCCAUGCUGGGGCAGAACCCUCCUAACUGCCCCCACGACCUGAGUCCAGGGCAGGGCCCUCCAAGACAACUCCAGCAGCAGCAGCAGUCGGAGCUCGAGAUGGCGUCUGGGCGGGAGGGUCUGGGCUCAUACGAGGCUGGCGGGCAACACAGCAGCCUGCAGCUGCCUCUGGGCCAGGCUCCAGUAACAGCUGCAGGACCAGAACACAGCAAACCCCUGGACAAGACUGAGGGCCUGUACCCCCCUGAGAGAGACCCCCGAUACAGCGAGCUGUACACAGGUACACACGCUCUGUAGCCCCCUGACACUCCA